GCAUUUUACUUUUCUGACUUUGCUCUUUGCGUUAGCUGCAGCUGCUUUGUUUCCGGAUACUCGUCGUAAAUGGAGACAAACUGCGGUCAUGCCUCGCCUGCUUGAUUUCAGUAAAUUAAUUUCUUUCUAUACCGAGGCUUUUAAUACAAUUUCUUAGAAAAGAAUCAUUUUAAUCGCGGACGUGACUCGCUCUCAAUCAGUGAUCAAUCAAAAUGGGAGUCCCCAAGUUUUUUAGAUACAUAAGCGAAAGGUAUCCUUGCCUCAGCGAAAAGCUCAAGGAAUAUCAGAUACCAGAAUUUGAUAAUUUAUAUUUGGACAUGAAUGGUAUUAUACACGGUUGUUCGCAUCCGAAUGAUGCAGAUGUACAGUUUCGUAUUACGGAAGAGAAUAUUUUCAAGAAUAUAUUUCACUAUAUAGAAAUAUUGUUCCGCAUGAUACAGCCACAAAAGGUUUUUUUCAUGGCUGUCGAUGGUGUUGCUCCAAGAGCAAAAAUAAAUCAACAAAGAGGCCGACGAUUCAGAUCGGCGAAAGAAGCCGAAGUUUUAGAGAAAAAGGCCCAAGCUAAAGGCAUCGAUUUGCCGAAUGAAGCUAGAUUUGACUCUAACUGCAUCACACCUGGCACACUUUUUAUGGCGAAACUUACAAAGCAGCUGAAAUACUUCAUUACUUAUAAGAUCUCAACGGACAAACUUUGGCAAAAGUGCAAAGUCGUUUUAAGUGGUUCCGAGGUUCCUGGUGAGGGAGAACACAAAAUCAUGGAUUACAUUAGGUAUAUGAAAGCUCAGCCGGAUCAUGAUCCUAAUACACGACAUUGUUUAUACGGUCUUGAUGCCGAUCUUAUUAUGUUAGGCUUAUGUACACACGAACCUCAUUUUUCCUUAUUGCGAGAAGAGGUUGUCUUUGGGAAAAAACAAAAGAAAGUGUUAACUCCUGAAGAGAAUAAUUUUUGUCUUUUACAUUUGUCGUUAAUGAGAGAGUACCUGGAGCAUGAGUUUUCUCCAAUCAAGCAAAAACUCCCUUUUGAGUUUGAUAUUGAAAAAAUUAUCGACGACUGGGUAUUAAUGGGGUUCCUCGUAGGUAACGAUUUCAUUCCGAAUCUACCAAAUUUGCAUAUAAAUCAAGGAGCACUGCCAAUUUUAUACAACGUGUAUAUGGAAGUUCUUCCUACGUUAACUGGUUAUAUAAACGAAGCAGGUACAUUGAACCUUGAACGUUUUGAAAAAUUCAUGGAAAGGCUUAGUCUCUUCGAUGUGGAACAAUUCGGAGAGGCAUAUGCUGACUUGAAAUAUUUUGAAGGUAAAACUGGUAGAAGACCUAAUGAACUUGAAAGACAUAGUUACAAAAAUUCUGAGGAUUCUUCAGAUACGGGAUCUUCGCCUACAAAACCAAUGAGUAAAGCUUUGGCUUCCUUAAUCAAGGCAACUGAAGACUCGUUACUAGGCAAUUCUGAUGAAGACGAAGAUCCUCUGGAUGUGGAUUCAGACGAAGAAAUUUAUAACCUAGAAUUUGUUCAACACAAGCGAGAUUAUUACAUGAAUAAAAUGGAAUACGAAAAUGUUGACGAACAAUUUUUACGAUCACAAGCUGAAGGUUAUGUUCGAGCGAUUCAAUGGAAUCUGCACUAUUAUUAUAAUGGUUGCUGCAGCUGGUCAUGGUACUAUCCACAUCAUUAUGCACCAUAUAUUUCCGAUAUACGAGACUUUAAAGACUUGAAGUUGGAAUUUGAUAUGGGAGAGCCAUUCUUUCCAUUUCAACAAUUGCUGGCUGUCUUGCCAGCUGCUAGUAAAGCACUCUUGCCAAAGGCGUAUCAGAAUUUACUGACCCAAUCCGAGUCUCCUAUUAUCGAUUACUAUCCACUUGACUUCAAAACGGAUUUGAAUGGAAAAAGACAAGAAUGGGAAGCUGUAGUACUGAUUCCCUUCAUUGACGAAACACAAUUAAUUAAUGCAAUGGAACCGUACAACGCAGAGCUGCUCGACGAAGAAAGGGAGAGAAAUAAGCAUGGACCAAUGUGCAUUUUUACUUACACCGAUGAGGAUAUGGGUUUCUAUUCUGUCCCUGAAUACUUCCCCAGUAUAAAUAGUCAUGCCAAAUGUCAGCUAGUGAAUCGGGACGACAUAUUAGUCCCUGAGGAAAAGCUGGUGAAGUGCUUGUGUCCAGGAGUUAAAUUAAGUGUUUAUUUCCCAGGGUUUCCAACUUUACAACAUAUAGAGCAUACUGUCACUCUUGAAAAGGCAAAAGUUAAAGUUUUCGAACAACCGUCAAGAGGUGAAAAUAUGAUUUUGCACGUAGUGCCAAAACCAAAGCCUGAUUUGGAAGCUGUAGCUGAACAAAUCUUAGGUCAGUCUGUAUUUGUGGGAUGGCCGCAUCUAUUAGAAGCUCUAGUGGUUGCAGUUUCUGACGACAAAUGGAAAAUACAUGUAAAUUCUCAGUCAAAUAAAAAAAGCGACUGGAUAAAAGAAGCAGUAGAUGGACCAUUAACCCAACAAAAACAACUUCAACAAAAGGCAAUUGCUGAAAAUUACAAGAAUCGCUUGGGAGUUGAUAUAGGAAACAUACACAUAAUCGUUCAUACGCGUCUUAUAGUAGGAAGAAAAUACAUUUUUGGAUCUCAGGGUAGAUUGACACUUGAAAAGGAAUGGAGUGAUGUCAAAUCGACGUAUGCCCAUCACGUUAUAUUGAAAGACAUUACAGUUCAUGAUGGAAGCUUCGUUCAGUAUUCAAGCGCUACUGAGAUCUUUAAACCAAAAAGCAUUUGUUUCAUGCUGGGACAUCCACAUUAUGGUGCAAUGGGUGAAGUUAAUGAACCAGGAAUGGACGCGAAAACUGGACGAGUAAAAGUCGCUAUGAGAAUCCUGCCGGAACCAAAUUUAGAAAUUGUUAAACAAAAACAGAGAGAUACAAGAUUACACUACAUGCAUGGCAGUAAAGCUGCUCAACAUUUGGGCAUCAGCAGUCAUCUUUUGAGCAAAAUAACGGGCACUAUUUUUGUAAUGCCAGGCUCAGCUACCAGUAAUUCGGGCGGUGUGAAACAUAAUGUUGGUUUAAAUCUAAAAUUCAACAAGAGAAAUGAAGAAGUACCUGGUUUUACGAGAAAGGAAAAUGGACAGUGGCUUUAUAGUACAAAAGCAAUUGAUCUGCUUCGUGGGUAUAUGCAAAAGUGCCCUGGCUUUUUCGAAGAAUUGGGCAAAAAUGUGGGAAGUGAACUUUUCUUCGCCGACGAACUUUUUGGAAAAGGUACCGAAAAGAUUGACGAAGUGGUCGCUUGGUUGAAGGAUCAACAAGAGAAGCUAAAUAUAGAAAGUCGUACGUGUGGUACAGAGACUUUAGAAACCGAUAUAGUGACAUUUAUUGAAAAGGAAGUAGAUACAUAUUUGGAAAGUGUUGACACAUCCAGCAAAACAGUAUUUAUGCAAGUGAAGCCUCACUUGUUAUUCAAGCCUGGCUUAAAUGCCGGAUAUUUUCCUCCUGAUGCAAAAGCCGAGCACAAACUCUUUGACAGAAUUGUCAUCAUCAGGGAAAGUUUUACAGUGCCCAUGGGUUAUAAGGGCACGAUUGUUGGCAUUCAAAAAGGCGAAAAAUUGUUAGAUAAUAUGUAUGAAAUAGUCUUCGACAAAUCUUUCGUGGGGGGACUUGUAAUUCAUGGUUGUUCCAAAAAUCGAGGCUAUAGGUUAUCGGUGGCGGAUUUUAUCAAUAUUAGUUAUGGCCUGAGAGUUGAGCUUGGAAAAUCAGGAAAAGCCGACUGUCCUCUACCUGAAUCCUGGCGAUCAAAUAUUCCGCAGUCGCAACCUCGUGGGAAUGUCAGUGCUUUUGCCACAUUUAAUAAUCAAGGUAUGCCGUCUGGAUUUGCAAAACAUAGUGAGACCAUAUCUCCAUUUUCUCAAGUUCGAGGCCCACGAGGCGAACCACAAGCGGCCACAUUUUAUGGAAAGUCGAAUUUCAAUGCUGAAAAUAAAAUGCAGUCAAAAACGCCACUGCAGCAUGGUGUGGCUGGUGGAUUUAGUGGUCAUGGGGUCAAAAUUAUGAGCAAACCUAUGCAACCGGCACCCAAGUCGCAGCAGCAGUUUAUCUCGAAACAGUCUUCAGAGUUUCAAGCAUUAUGGAACGAAUUGCAGAAGUCGAGCAACUCGCCGAAACCAUCUGCCCUUCCAGCAGGCGACAAACCCAAGCAGAGGAUUGAUGUAAAAGCACCAUCGCCUCAAGAUCCCAGUGCAUUUUUGAAGGCAAUGCUGAAAAUUUCGGACGAAAACCCGAAAACUGACACGCCGCCGCCUUCUUUAUCUGCCGAGGCGUCAACAAAUAAACCUUUUGCGUUUCCGCAAGCACCCAAAACAUCCGAUGCUCCGCCGUUGGUACAGCGGCUUUUUGAUCAUGCACGAGAAGCAGAGAAAAAAAGGGAAGGAUUGUGGUAUAGUUCACGCUUGAUGUCUUAUUUCCAAGUAAAUUGUAACGGAAUACCUCGAUAUAAUUAUAUACCUCAUAAACAGAACAAUCUAGUCUGUGCCCAAAUUAUUCUGCCGGAUAUGAGGGCAUUCUGUGGUGACUUCCAGGCAACAGUUCCUGAAGCGACUGAAAGUGCUGCCAAGAAAGUUUACGAGGAGCUGCAGUUGGAUAAAAUGCAAAAGCCAAGAAUCAGCAUGUUGGCUCAACCGCCACAACAAUGGUAUAACACUAGGUUCAACAAUGUCAAUAAUGUUCGACCAGCGCCUAUUCCACCUCAAAAUCCACAGCUUGGAAUGAAUCCACCCAUGUGGAAUCAGCCGCCACUGCCAACUCCGAAUUUCGUGUCCAUGCCUCCGCGUGGAAAUAUGCCAGGCAUGUUUCCUCAAGGUUUUCCCCAUCCUCCCCCAGGAGGGGGUGUCUUUGAAAACUGGAGGACGAGCAACAAGCAACAAGAUGCAAAAAGAACUACACCUUUCGUGCCCUUGCAGGCCCAAAAACAAAAUAGGAAUGUCAAUAAGCCAGGGCAUGAAAAACGUCAGAAGGAAUUAGGAAAUAAGGAAUCAUUUGAGAAGAAGGGUCAGCAGAAUUUGAAGGAGAAUACUCAAAAGAAACCAAAGGAGGAAAAGGCUGCACUCAACAGAGCAGAUGACAAGAAAAAUGCCUCGCACAAUUCACAAAAAUCACAAAAGUCUGGUAAUCAAAGAAAGUCACGAAUUGCUGCGAAUUUUGGUUCGGCGCCUUUACCCAACGGCGAAGAAAGAAAAUGAAUUCUAUUUUUGUUUAAUGCAGAAAUUGUAAGAUUUGACUUACACACAUAUGACUAUAAACAACCGAUAUUUUAUUACUGAAAUGAAUUUUUCAUACCUUUCAGGAAAAAACAACAGUUUGUAAAGAUUAAUUUUACUAAAUGCACUGUGCGCCUACGAUGUGUCUUAAAAUUUUUUAUUUUUCUGCUUUGAUUCUAUCAUUUAUUGGUAAAGAAUUGACGACAUUCUUCGUUUUUUACUCUUUUUUUGUUGGUUUUAAUCGUAAUUUGAACUCUAUUGAUGAAUCAUUGUCUUACUUGAUAAACAUUUUGCUUUAAUAUGUUCUGUGAAGUUGUCUGUGAUAGCGUUUUGUAAACAAAAAUCAUGUACACAUGUACAGUGCAUUUUUAUUUUUUGAUUAGUUUACUUAAGUUUGAUUUAAUUGAUUGAAGUUGAAUGUUUUUCUGACUGAAAAAUAGUCCCAUUUAAAUUAUGAUUUAUAAUUCGCAGUUUCUAGACGCACAUCAUUGUAUGCACCCAACUUUGGUGCAUCUAAACAUGUUAUGUAAAAUGGAGGGAGUGUUGAAGGAAACACAGUCUGCUUAUGUAUAUUUGCGAAAUACAAUUUUCUUAAACCUGAAUAAACAAGGUAUCAGUUA